AUGUCUAUCACCAAAUCUCCUACCCGCCAGCACUACGACGUAGUCAUCGUCGGUGGUGCUACCAGUGGCUCUUCUAUUGCAUGGCAUCUAGCUGCAACUCCAGACUUCAAGGGCUCAGUGCUCGUUGUCGAACGAGACCCUUCCCUAGAGUAUUCCGCUACCAAAGCCAGCAACAACUGCAUGCGUCAACAAUUUGCAACCGCCAUCAAUGUCCAGAUUGCGCAAUAUGCAGCCGAUUUCGUUAAGCGCUUUGGCACCGAAUUUCCUCCAGACCCCCGCGACGUACCCUUUACCCCUUCAAUCCGCAACUUUGGAUACCUAUAUUUAUCCAAUUCAUCCAAGUUUACCGAACAAAAGUACCCAUUCUUGUACACCGACGACCUUGACAGUGCGAGUCUGAAUGUUGUCGAUGAAGGUGCAUUUAAUGCCUGGGGUAUGGUGCAGUGGCUGCGUAGCACUGCCCAGGCAAACGGCGUGGAGUACAUCGCGAACGAAGUCAUCGGUGCAGAAUUAGAGGAAGUGGGUGAUAGGGUGCGAAGCAUCGAACUACGCGCCGGAGAGCAGAUCGUCGUCGGCACCCUGGUUAAUGCUGCAGGAACUCGAGCUGCUACAGUCUCUAAUAUGGCAGGUAUUGCCGAUUUGCCAAUUGAGGCUAGACGACGCUACACCUACAUCUUCUCUGUCGAUGAGAGCCUGACCCAGGAUCUCCCUCUAACUAUCGAUCCGUCGGGUGUUCAUCUCCGCUCCUACGGCGCAAAAGACUACCUCGUUGGUUGCCCCCCGAUCGAGCCAGACACUGCCGUGGAUGUAGACGAUUUCAGCUUUGCAGAGAAUGUAUGGGAGGAGAAAAUACUUCCAGUUAUCACGCGCAGGGUUCCUCAAUUUGCCAGCGCACGCGUGACGGAUUCUUGGGUGGGUCAUUAUGAGUUUAAUACCUUCGACCAUAAUGCUAUAGUUGGGCCACACAGCAAGGUCGGCAAUUUCCUUUUCUGUGUGGGAUUUUGGGGCCAUGGGAGCCAACAGGCUCCGGCUUGUGGCCGUGGUGUUGCUGAGUUAAUUGUUUACGGGCGCUUCCAGACUCUUGACCUCAGUGUGCUUUCGUAUGAGCGGAUUAUUGAAAAUCGGCCUCUGACGGAGCGAGCAGUUAUAUAG